UCCGAAGACAUUUGGACGCACGGCUUUCCGUAGCAGAUUGUAAACACGCUCAAUCUGCCUCCCUAAUGCGGAAUAAGAAGUACAACUUGAGGAUUCUUGCUACUUUAGUUUCAAGUUUCAGUUAUUUUUGUGGAUUUAAUUAGUGUCUAAGCCUCUGGACGUCAUAUAUCUCGGUCUGUAUUGAACUUCAGUCUUUAGUUAACUCUUGUUUAACUAUGGAUGCUCGCUAACGUUAGCUCCGCUGAGAGGAUGGCCAGUCACCAAAUGCAGAGAUUCCAGUUUGUGGUCGUCGGAGGAGGCAUCGCAGGGGUGACAUGUGUAGAGCAGCUGGCGUCGGACUUCCCCUCCGCGGAAGUUGGGCUCAUCACAGCCGCCUCGCACAUCAAGGCGGUCGCCAACUUCAAACAGGUGUCUCAGACCUUGGAGGAGUUUGACGUGGAGGAGCGUCCGCCCAGCGUGCUGCAGGAGAAGUAUCCCAACGUCACGGUGUUCCAGUCGGCCGUCAGAAGCCUCCAGGCCGACCAGCAUACCUUGCAGACGGAGGACGGACGCUCGGUGGGCUACGAGAAGCUGUGUAUCUGCAGCGGCGCCCGACCCAAACUGCUGACCCAGGACCAGCCCUACGUGCUGGGGGUCCGCGACACCGACAGUGUUCAGGAGUUUCAGAAGCGGUUGUCCAGCGCCAAGAGGAUCGUCGUCGUUGGAAACGGAGGUAUUGCCCUGGAGUUGGUGUUUGAGGUGCGGGGCUGCGAGGUGGUCUGGGCCGUGAAGGACAAGGCCAUCGGGAACACAUUCUUCGACGCGGGCGCCGCCCAGUUCCUCAUCCCGUCGCUGGAGGCCCAGCGGCCGCCCCGGGACGCGGUCUGCAAGAGGGCCCGCUACACCACGGAGCAGGGCCCGGAGGGGAACUCUGACGGGGGCCCGGAGGGGGGCCUCCACACCUUCACCGCAGGUGGGGACCGGCGUAGACCCGGUUCUGGUUCUACUGGCGCUGGCAGUGCUUUGGGUCCAGACUGGCAUGAAGGGUUCCUGCUGAGAGGAGCAGAGCAGACCCCCCAGGGGGUCCGCGUGGAGUACGAGUGUGAGGUGCAGGAGAUCUUCACCCCCUCAGACCCCCUGAGACCCCAGCCUGAGGCGGAUUACGGGGCGUGGCCCGUCUACGUCCGGCUGACCAAUGGGAGGACGGUGGGCUGUGACUUCAUCGUCAGCGCGACUGGCGUCGUGCCAAACACGGAUGCUUUCCUCCAGGGGAACAAUUUCUCCCUGGCUGAGGACGGCGGGCUGCGGGUGGACGACCACAUGAUGACCUCGGAGCGCGACGUCUACGCGGCGGGCGACGUGUGCAGUGCAUGCUGGGAGCCCAGUGCCCUGUGGCAGCAGAUGCGGUUGUGGACGCAGGCGCGUCAGAUGGGCUGGUUCGCGGGCCGCUGCAUGGCGGCGGACGUCCUGACCCAACCCAUCGAGCUGGACUUCUGCUUCGAGCUCUUCGCCCACAUCACCAAGUUCUUCAACUACAAGGUGGUGAUCCUGGGGAAGUUCAACGCCCAGGGACUGGGGGCCGACCACGAGCUGCUGGUGAGAUGCACGAAGGGCCAGGAGUACGUGAAGGUGGUGCUGAGGGGGGGCAAGAUGGUGGGCGCCGUGCUGGUAGGAGAGACGGACCUGGAGGAAACCUUUGAGAAUCUGAUCCUCAACCAGAUGGACCUGACGCCCUACAAGGACGAGCUGCUGAACCCCAACAUCGACAUAGAGGACUACUUUGACUGACCUUGAGUUUAUUCUGUGCAGCGACCGCCUUAAAGUAGAGACUUCAGGAUGUGUACUGAACACAGGAAUUAAAUAACUUAUUUUUUAUUCGUCA